CCCCUUUCCCCGCCCACCUGGGGUCGGCGCACACUUCCGCCUUGAUGAACCACUCGGGGCCACCGCCCUCGACUUCCCGGCACGCCCCGCGCCAUCUCCCUGGCAACGGCGCCUGGCAGCGGCGCCCUACUUCCCUGCACACCCCGCGCCGUCUCCCUGGCAACGGCGCCCGGCAGCCGCGCGCGACUUCCCGGCACACCCCGCGCCGUCUCCCUGGCAACAGCGCACUGCAGCCGGGACGCGCGGUGGUCGCGAGUUCGGCCAGCGCUACUUCCCCGACGUGAGGCGGCUGCUCGUGCGUCCCGGGUAAGGGCGGGACCCUCCAGCCGCGAAGGCAUUGACUGUUGCUACUUGGAUGAAUUUGACCAUCUCCCAGGAGACUUGAAUGUUUAGUUUCUAUAAACAAAUAAACAGCUCUCUCUUGCUUGGAGCAAUGCUGAAAUUCCAGGAGGCUGCCAAAUGUAUGAGGGGAUCAGUAGCUGUUUCCACGUGCCCGGAGCCCCUGAUUGCGAGAAGAUAUGUGCUUCUACAGAAACUUGGCAGCGGAAGUUUUGGAACUGUCUUUCUGGUUUCAGACAAGAAAGCCAAACAAGGAGAGGAAUUAAAGGUACUGAAGGAAAUCUGUGUGGGAGAACUCAAUCCAAACGAGACUGUGCAGGCCAGUUUGGAGGCCCAGCUCCUCUCCAAGCUGGACCACCCAACUAUUGUCAAGUUCCAUGCAAGCUUUGUGGAACAGGAUAACUUCUGCAUUAUCACAGAGUACUGUGAGGGCCGAGAUCUGGACUGUAAAAUUCAGGAAUAUAAAGAAGCUGGGAAAACCUUUCCAGAGACUCAGAUAACAGAAUGGUUUAUCCAGCUGUUGCUGGGAGUUGACUACAUGCACGAAAGGAGGAUACUCCAUCGAGACUUGAAAUCAAAGAAUAUAUUUCUGAAAAAUAAUCUACUUAAAAUUGGGGAUUUUGGAGUUUCCCGACUCCUAGUGGGCUCCUGCGAUCUCGCCACCACUUUAGCUGGAACUCCCCAUUAUAUGAGUCCAGAGGCUCUGAAACACCAGGGCUACGACACAAAGUCUGACAUCUGGUCUCUAGCGUGCAUUUUGUAUGAGAUGUGCUGCCUGAACCACGCAUUCGCAGGCUCCAAUUUCUUGUCCGUGGUUUUAAAGAUCGUGGAAGGCAGCACACCGUCCCUCCCCGCAACGUACCCCAGAGAGCUGAACGCCAUCAUGGAAAGCAUGUUGAAUAAGAGUCCUUCGUUGAGACCAUCCGCUAUAGAAAUUUUAAAACUUCCUUACAUCGAUGCACAACUACAGCAUCUGAUGUGUCGCUAUUCGGAAAUCACGCUGGAAGACAAGAAUUUGAAUUGUCAGAAGGAGGCUGCUUAUAUAAUUAAUGCCGUGCAGAGAAAGCUCCACCUGCAGACUCUGCGGGCACUGUCGGAAGUGCAGAAGAUGAGCCCGAGGGAGCGGAUGCGGCUGAGGAAGGUCCAGGCGGCUGACGAGGAGGCCGGGAAGCUGAAAAAGCUUGCGGAAGAAAAGUAUGAAGAAAACAACAAACGAAUGCAGGAGCUGAGACGUGGGAACUUUCAGCAGCUAACUGCUGACGUGCUCCAUGAAUUUGAUGCCCCAGCUGCAGAGGACCUGCCUGCAUCUCAGCCCGUUCCUUCCCCGGACCUUGGCGCACGGGAGUCAAGUGUGGAGGACACCAUAGCUGACCUUGGAGAUCAUGAGAUCCCAGAAGACCCACUUGUGGCCGAAGAGUAUUACGCUGAUGCCUUUGACUCCUGUUCUGAAGAAAGUGAGGAAGAGGAAGAAAAUACAGUGUUCUCGGCAGGGGAGGAAGAGGUCAAGGAUGAGGAACCCCAGCCUGUGUACAGGACAAACCAACAGGACAGUGACACUGAAGCCCUGGUCAGGUGUCUGGAACACAUCCUGGGCCACUCCUCUCUCGACACAAGGACCUUCGCCAGCUCAGCUCCAGACCUACCCACAGGACCAACAAUUUUCAACAGCGCGGUGGCCAGGACCAAGAUGGAACGCAUGCGGGAGUCGGCGGUGCAGAAGCUGGGGGCAGACGCGUUUGAGGAGGUCUACAGCUACCUCAAGAGCGCCAGGCAGCAGAAAGCCAGCGAGGCAGAGGUCCGGGCAGCUCUGGAAAAAGUGGUGCCCCGCGCCAGCGACUGUUUCGAGGUUGACCAGCUCCUCUACUUUGAGAAGCUGAUCGCGAUGGGAGAAGGGGCCCAUCACUAAGCAACCGUCAGAAACACGCAGCUUCAAGUGGACAGAUGCCCCUGGAAACCCAUCCGCCCGUAAGCUGGGCUCUGUUCUGGAAAGUGGGUGCAGAGCUGCCCUCGCUGCCUCCCAUCCUUGUCAAGAGGAGUGUCUGCAUCCGUCUGGGAGCAGGGAGCGCGCCCCCUGCACUGGGAGGGUGGGCCAGUUCGCGCUGCCUGGUCUACCCUCUGAGAGAAGCCUACAGACAGAGUCUCCCUGAGAAGCACUCCCACACGCGUGCCCUUGGGCUUCCGGGGGGGUGGACACCCUGACCUGGGCCUGGGAGAAGCCUCCUGCUCUGCACCAUUUCCACAUGGAGGACAGAGCAGCUGUUUCUUAAUUACUUUCAGCUCAAAAUAAUCCUUAUGCCACUGUGGCAGGUUUGGGGGUGGCAUAUUCCAGCCCCUGCAAGACAGGUGCAGAGUGCAGACCUCUCGUCCUUCUGGAUUUGUGCUGUCCACCGUCCCAGGAUUCACAGAAAAGAAAGUUAGGAAGAAAUACCAUCUUGGAUCACAUAUCCGUCUUAUAAAAGACACCCAUUCCUGUUUACUUUCCAGUCAGUUCCCUGGGAGCAGCCACGAGGGAUUUAAAAUGAGAUGGAUGAGAAGGAACUUCCUUUUUGAUUUAUCAUUUUACUACUGGGAGAAUGCCUUCUCCCUCAGCCACACUCAGUGUGGGUGCUGAUCACCAAUCAGACUGCCAGGCGGUGAGUGGAAAUCAACUGAGGACUUGGAGCCAGGAAGGGGGGCUUGUGGUGAAUCAGUCACAGGUGUGAGGGGAUAAGAACCCUGCUACCUGGCUGCUUUGUCAAAAAUAGAGCUAUUUCACGAAUGCUGACUGACCUUUCUGCUCUCUAUUAUGCAGAGGAGGUGCCGCCAGCCACUGUGGGUGGCGCAGAGAUAAGGCACACAGAGUUAAUUACUUACUGCAUCUGGGGCUGAGGCUGGAGCUCCAGGUCUGUUCUAGAGGCUGGGGGUGAAGGAGGCAGACGGGGUCCAGAGGAGCUGGGGGGUUGGGGGCAGCCCGUCCUCUUUCACGGUGACAGGGUAACUCAUGUGCGCUAAGUGCCGUGUCACAGGGGAGUGCAGCCAGGAGCGAAAUGAAAAAGGAGGCGGAGAAGGGGUGUGUGAGAGAGAGGGACAGAGACAGAGACAGAGGGACAGAGACAGACAGAGGGACAGAGAGAGACAGACAGACAGAGGGACAGAACAGAAGGACAGAGAGAGAUAGACAGACAGGACGGGGAGAGGGGUGGGGUGGACACACAGGAGAGAGUAUUUCAAACGUUCCACCACAACCUGUGUAAGAAAGCAGGCUGAACUCACCUCCAGCUGGCUUGGAUUCCAGAGCCACUCUGGCCGUUUACCGAGUGACCCAGGGCCAGGUGUCUCCUCCAAGUCCUGGUUUCCUGCCUGUGUCUGAGGACAGUUGUAAAGGACAAGCAAGGUCAUGCUAUAUGUUGAAUCACAAGAAACUGCCAGUGAGGUUCAGCGUCACACGCGGACGUGCUAUAACGAUGUAGGACGCUCUCAACUUUGGAAGAAAAAGAGUAACUUUAUCACCCCAUUGGCAGAGGCUCCCUCUGAAGGCUUCCUUCUUUCUGCUGCUGAGAUUCUACCGCAGAGCCGCUCCAGGCAACACGCAGACUCCUGGCCAGAAGCAAACUUUGGUUUGUGGUUGUUUAUUAUGCAGAUUAGUGUGGUGGUAAACCGCCCAAUACACCUUCCUCCUCCUGCCGUCCCUCCCUUAACACCUCAUCAAAUCCUUAGGCUUCAGUCUUUUAGCAUUGACUUUUACAAAUUUGGGGGUAAAGUUUACAUCUGAUUAAAUGACUCUGUGGCUUCUCAAAAACAAACAAACAAACAAACAAACCCAAAACCAAAAACCUUUUUCCAAAAUGGCUCAGAUGAGCCGUGAACCCCAUCUUACUUGGCUGUCAGCACACCUCCAGCAGUGCUUCACAGAAGCACAGAGCCUACUAACACCACCCCUUCUCAGACACCACCUAAUUCUUCUGUAGAUUUUAGUUCACCAUGUAUGGAGGCCCCGUCCAGGACCAAGUAGAAAGCUUAGGCACAAAGUUUUGAAUGAUAAGAAUUCACCAGGUAAUGGAAACCACCUAAGUGUCGACAGGUGAACGUGUAAAGGAAAUGUGAUGUGUUUACAUUCACAUGCAGUGGAAUAUUAUUCAGCCUGAAAAAAGGACACCCUGCCAUUUGCAACAACAUGGAUCAACCUGGAGGACACUAUGCUAAGUGAAAUAAGUCAGACACAGAAAGACAAAUCCUGCCUGAUCACAUGCAUGAAAUCUAAAACAGUUGAACUCAAAAGCAUAGAGUAGAGUGGUGGUUGCAGCAGCCAGGGGGGCAGUGGGAGGGCUGGGGAGAUGGUGGUCAAAGAGACAAUGUUUCAGUUACACAGAAUGAGUAGGUUCUGGUGAACUCGUGCAACAUAGUAACUAUAGUUAAUAAAUCUGUAUCAAUGUACACUUGAAAUUUGCUAAGAAAGUAAAUCUUAAGUGUUCUCAACACACAUACACAAAAUAGGAAUUCUGUGGGGUGAUGAAUACAUUCACUAGCUUGAUUGCCAUAAUCACUUCACUAUGUAUAUGUUGUACCCCUGAAACAGCUACGGUUUUUUCACUUGUCAAUUACAGCUCAGUAAAGCAGGCAGGGGGGAAAUUCAGGCACAGGAGAGGGGACAGAGAUCUCGCAGGCAUGAAGAACACAAAGAUGGGAGGAGACCCAGCCUUGUGGGUUCUGGGGAUGUGACAUCUUUGUGGGCUGGUGGUUCAUAAAGUGUGAGGGCACCCUUGUCAGGUUUGAGAGGGAGGCGUGGGCCCGGCCUCCACAAUGGCCCCAGGGUCCUCACCUCUGAUAGGUGCCCCACUCAGUCGCACGGCAGUGGGUGGCCUGUGUGAUCAGGACGUUACAUACGUGCACGUGGUGUAUGACUUCUGACACCAGGUCACAAAGACAUGGAUCCGCCUUGCUCUGUCUUGGCUCCCUCACUCUGAGGGAGGCCGGCCCCUGGGUCAUGAGGAUGCCAGGCCACCAUGCGGAGAGAUCUCUGGGGCAGAAACAGGCUUCUGCCAACGGCCGUGACCGUGAGCCGCCCGGGAAGCACAGUGUCCAGCCCUCGUCCAGCCUCAUUUGACCGCAGCUCUGGCUGAUACCUGGACUGAAACCUCCAGAGCCAGAAACACCCAGGAAGCCAUUCCUUAAUCCCUGACCCUCAGACAUGGGGAAAGAUGGUGUUUGUUGUUGUUAAGUCACUGCAUUUUACAGUAUGUUUCAGCAACAGGUCACCAGCACAGCAGGCCAGGUUCAGACUGAGCUGUGGAGUCUUCUCUGCUGAAUCCCCUAGAAGUGGCCCCGUGAAGGCAGCAUGACUUUGAGCUGUCACAGGAGACUGUGUGGAGGGCACGUUUAAAGAGGCUGAGAUGAGGCCAGGCAGGGGGCAGUCAGGAGGUUAGUCUGGGGAGCAGUGGUGGAACCGGACCAGCACCUGAUGAGCGAGGAGACCACGAGAGGGAGCUGACCGGUGGGC